CAACAUGUUGUCAUCUAUCAGGGGGCGUGGCAUCACCACAGUAUAAAUGCUGGCGAGGUCAUCACCUGCCACCAGAUCUAAAGAAGCAACUCAGGGGAACAGAGAGAUGCUUUGGCUUCCUGAAGGCUGAUGUCAGGUUCAUGAAGAGGAGCACAGAGGAACAUCCGAUCUCAUAAAUGAUGGACACAGAACAAGAGACCUCAGGCCUUUUGAAAUUUCUCUCCAAAGUCGGACUGGAGAAAUUUUAUCCCAACAAGCUGACUCUUCGGUCCCUCUUGGAGAUCAACAAAAACAGCAUUUCUGAUGAAACUGUUCAAUCAGUGGAGGAAAUACCAUGGUGUUUUCUAAGAAAACUAUUUAAAAUCAAUCCUGAAUGCAGGAACUGUACACAAUUAUCAAACAAUGAUGAUGACGACAACGACGAGGACAACGACAACGACGAGGAGGAGGAUAACAAGGUUAACUCUCUCGACCUCGUAGUAGCACUCUUCCUUUGUGCUGACAGCUUCUUGCAACAGGAAAUUGCGCUCAAAAUGUCAAUGUGCCAGUUUUCUGUCCCACUGGUGUUGCCGCAUGGCAAUGGCAGUCAGAGUAGCCUGAUGCUGUGGGCUCUGAGGGACAUCGUCAAAGAGUGGUGUCCAAAUGCUUUGUCUGAAUCAAGAGGGUUUGUUGAAGACAACAUUAUCCAAGCAAAAGUACCACUCUAUUCCUUUGUGAGGCUGAAAAACUGUAGUCUAUCCAAGUCUCAGUGUUUGAAUCAUGUUCUCAGCUGUGGCCAGCAGAAUAACAACAUGUUCAUACACAGAGAUAUGGAAGGGGGAGCACUUAAAAGAAACAUUGCAAAUGGUUUGGUAGAGGUUUGUUGGUUCCUUCCCAGUGGCAAAGGAGAUGACAUAUUUCCUGAGCCAUUUGCCUUAGCCAAUCUGAGAGGAGACAUUUGUGAAUCAAACGCACAAUUCAAUUUUCUUUUUCAAGUGUCAACUGCUACCUUUGUAUUCCUGGACAAAGUUGAAGAAAGAGAGCACAAAAUUCUGACUUCUCUUCAAGACGUGAAAUCCAAACUGUUCCUUGUUGUCAAUCACAACAAGGUGACAACUAAAGAGGAUAAAAUGUCUGUCGAGACAAAACUGAAAGAAUUAGAUUUACCAAAGACCAGUGUGAAAACCAAAAAAUCUAAGGAAAAUGUUGCAGAGUUUUCAAAGAAACUUUGUGCAACCAUCACGACAUCCCUGAAAGAUGUAAAAACCACAACAAGCAUUGUAAAAAUGCUUGACGUGGCUGUUGAACGUGGUCUGUCUGUGGACGAAAGAAAAGCUGAAGAACAAAAGAAGGCAGCUGAGGAGAUCAUGGACGGCAUUGGGGCGCAGACUAUACCACAGUACAAGAAAGAACAACUUCCUUUGCAAGGAGAGAACUGGAAAAGGUUAGCACAGUUAGAGAAGGAGGAAUGUAGGAUGACACAAGCUGGUGUUUCAGGCCUUGAAGAAUAUAAAUCUAAGCUACAGGAAGAAAAAAUUAAAAUUUGGAAGGAGCAAAGCAAACAAGAAAUGUCCAAAGGAAUGAAGCUUUUCAUUCAAACCUUAUCCACAAGUGACAAAGAGAAAAGAGAUUUUUUCCUUAAGUGGAUGAAAUUCCAGUUUAAUACACAUUCUCGGGACAAACUGACUACGCUGCGUAACGACUUCAAAGAGCAGUGCAAGGAGAAAAAUACUAAACUUAUUACAGAGUUAGGUCAAGCUUUGAUGGAGAGCUCUUUAGGAUUAGAGCAUUACAUGAGAGAGAUGGGACUGAUCUAUGAGGUUUCCUUGCAGUCACCAGGCCUUACUGAAAUAUCUCGUCUCCCUGGUGUGGCAGCUGAAAUGCUGCUGGAUGGAUAUCCUUUAGAGCUCUUGGAUGGAGAUGCUUCCAACAUCCCAGAGAGAUGGGUGAAAGAUGUGCUAAUGGAGCUUCACAGGAAGGUUGGAGAGAAGAGCAGACUGUUGGUACUGACGGUGUUGGGUGUUCAAAGUACCGGGAAGUCAACACUCCUCAACACCAUGUUUGGUGUACAGUUUCCUGUCAGCAGUGGCAGAUGCACAAGAGGAGUAUUCAUGCUCGUCCUCAAAGUUGGAGAGGAUAUACAAAGUAAACUCAAUUUUGACUUUAUACUUCUCAUUGACACAGAGGGUCUAAAAUCUCCUGAUCUGGCACAACUAGAGGACAGUUUUGAGCAUGACAACCAGCUGGCAACCUUUGUCAUUGGCUUAAGUGACAUUACCAUCAUCAACAUUGCAAUGGAGAACUCAACAGAAAUGAAAGAUGUCCUGCAAAUCGCAGCUCAUGCAUUUUUGAGAAUGACGAUAAUUGGAAAAAAGCCAGUUUGUCAUUUUGUGCACCAGAAUGUUGCUGGAGUCUCAGCUCAUACCAAGAAUAGGAAAGAAAGACAACAUCUCUUGGACCAACUCAAUGAUAUGACUAAAAUUGCUGCCCAAAUGGAAAAGCAGUCAACCAUCAAGGCAUUCACAGAUGUGUUGGACUAUGACAUAGAAAAAAACAACUGGAACAUCCCAGGACUCUGGCACGGGACCCCACCAAUGGCACCAGUGAACACAGGUUACAGCAAAGCUGUAGCAGAUUUAAAGCAAGGUCUUCUGGAGACAGUGAAAAGAGACGGAAGCAAUCAUGUUUCACAGAUCCCAGACUUUCUGGAACGGAUGAAAAGUCUCUGGAAAGCAGUCAAAUACGAGAACUUCAUCUUCAGUUACAGAAACACUCUUGUGGCUCAUGCGUACAACAACCUUUGCAAAGAGUUCAGUCAAUGGGAAUGGGAGUUCAGAAAAGAGAUUCUCUCCUGGCAGGCAGAAGCAGAGACAGAAAUCUUAAAUGCUGACAAUGAAUCUCAGGUGGAUACUUGGAGGAGACUGGUUGAAUCAAAAAAACAUGAAGUGUCCAACAGAAUAACACUUGAACAAACUAAAAUGAAAGAUAAACUCAGCAACUACUACAAAGAAAAGAAAGACAAACAUGUGAAGCUGAUAGAGAAACACAAAAUGGAAUUUUUCAACAGUAUCAACAGCCUUGGAAAAGAAAUCAAUCAUUCUGUGUGUAAUAAGUUGGACUGCACCCUUGAACUAAAAAUUAGUUCAAAAAAGGCUCAGGACAUACAGGGGAAAUGCACAGCCGUGAUUGAAGAGCAGGUCAUGAAACUUCUGAGUGACUUCAAAGAAAACUCCACACUGUCUGAUGCACAGCUGAAACAUGAGUUUGACAAGAUGUGGGCUAAAGCCACUGAAGAUGUGCCUGGUCUGACAGAAGACGACAUACCUGCAAGCAUUCUUAACCAACUGAGAAAACAUUUCUCAAAUUCAAAUUCAAAUCAGGAAUUGCUAAAUAUUGACAUACCAAAGGAAAUUGGGGAAAAAAAAAAAAUAUUUAAGACCAGCAGUGACCAUGUCAACUCCCCUGUAGAUAAGGAUUUACAGAGCUACGCCAACCGCGUCAUUGAGACUUCCACAAAGUUUGUUCUUGAUAAAACAAAGACAAAUAAGGAUUACCAUGAAUCUUUCACAAGGGAUCUUCUGGAGAAAAUAGAUGAAUCCCUUAAAAACUGCAAGCACUGUGAAACAAAUACACAGUUUGAGAUUGACCUGAAACUUCACAUUUGUGGCAUUGCCUCGAGGGAAUUCCUAAAAAUGCACCAAAAAUUCAUCAAAGCAAUGGAUCCUCGAAUUCAGCUGGAGAAGUUCAAGGAUGGGUACUCGUCAGAUUUUAUUGGUUUAUACAAACGGAAAGCCCUUGAACUAAAAAUGCGUUCAGAAAAGGCUCAGGAAAUACAGGGGAAAUUCAGCGGCGUGAUUGAAGAGAAGGUCAGGAAACUUCUGAGUGGCUGCAAAGAAAACUCUGAUGCACAGCUGAAAGAUGAGUUUGAAGAGAUGUGGGCUGAAGCCACUAAAGAUGUGCCUGGUGUGAUAGAACAAAAGGAUCCUAAAAUCAAGGAUCAGUACUCGUCAGACUUUAUUGCUUUAUACAGACAGAUAGAUGAUGAUUGCAAACGCAAAGCAACUCAUUUUGUCAGACUCUGUAUCAAACCUGCAGCUGAAGAGUACAUCAGUAAAUAUCUGGGAAUAGAGAUUUUGGAUGAGAUUAUGAACAGCCAUCCAGAGUACAGUUCCCGCUCCUUUUUCCAGUACAACAUUCAGAAAGAGUUGCUGGAAAAGGCCGACUUUGAGAGUUUUGUCAAGUACAUUCAGAAUUAUGAAAUAUAUGUGAAGGAUUGGAUAUUUCAGCAUAUCCGGCAAAACAUGUCAGAAGACAAAACUUUGUGCAAACUGAAAAAUAAGAAACUGCAAAUCAUCACUGACAAAAUAACAGAAGCUAUAAAAAAGGCCACAAAAGGAAAGGAUGGCAAUCAGCUGCCAGAUAAGACGGAAAGCAUCACAGAGCUCAUCAACAACAUGCGCAAAUGUUUGAUCAAAGACAUCUCAAUUUCAGAGUCGUCUGAAAAAAGCACCUUGUUUCGUAUCCAGUGCACAUGCCAUCCGUUUAUAAACAGCCUCAAUAAAUCAUUGAGUGAACUGAAGAAACAGCUGCAGGAGGAAUUCUCAAACUCUGAAGACAUCACUGAGACUCUGAGCAAACUUCCAAUCAAACCACAAGAGGAGCUUUUCAAGCGGGUGUUUGGCUGUGGACAACAAUGUCCAUUUUGUAAAGUUCCUUGUGAGGCUGAAGGCAAAGACCACAAGCAACAUCAUGCAGCUAUUCAUCGGCCAAAAGGUCUUGGUGAAUACAGGUAUGACGCCACCAAGAAGCUGAUUGAAACACUGUGUACAACGGAUGUGCAAAGUGAACGUAGAUUCAGCAACUCAGACACUAAAGGGAAGUGGCAUCCUUACAAGGACUACACCAAAUAUUACCCAGACUGGCUCAUUCCUCCUGACCCCACCAUACAGGCAUCUGACUACUGGAAGUAUAUCCUGGUUCAGUACAACGACAAAUUUGCUCAAGAAUUUAAUGCCAAGCCAGCUGAUGUUCCAAAGGCCUGGAGGAACAUCACAAAGAAACAAGCUCUGAAAGGAUUGAAAGAUGCCUUCAACAUAGAGUGAACAAUGGACAGUCCCGACAAAUGUCUCUGAAACAAAACAACGUCUAAACAUGGAAGAGCUUUUCUUAUACAAAUGUACAGGGACGACCAAAAGGAAAUGGGGACUGAACACGUUAAGGCAUUCAGCAAAAACAAUCAAUCAAAUGAAACACAGAUCAAUACUGUUUAAAAGUGAUCAACUUGGCUGCACCACUCUCUUUGAAAAGUAAAGUCUUCAGCCUAAUUUUCAUGUAAAACAAGUCAGAUAUUUUAGAAUCCAUGACAGACUACAAUGUUUUAUUGUAUUAUAUUAUAUGUAUGUUGUUUUGUUAAUUUAACCGACUUUGUGGUUCAAACUCAAACAACCAGCUGACAGUGAAUGCUGUGGCGUCCUUUGGUCUGAUGAACAUGGUGAAUGACAAACGAUGAGUUGAACAAAGUGCAGAGGAGUUGAAAAGCUGGAAACAGUCAGGUUAGACUUCAAUAUUUUAUAUACUUCUACUUUUCUUUAUGUUUUGAAGAUUACAAAUGUUUUCUUGUAUCAAUCGGCCCUCAUGUACAAUGACUGGUGUGAGCACGAUAAUGAUGUUGAAAAAGAUUAAGAAAAUGAUGAUGUACUACAAAGAUCAUUUUAAAAAAAGAGAUCAUGUGUGUUUUUUACCUUUAUUUGGUUUCUGAUCUUCAGAAAUGUUUUCUCUUUUCAAGAUGCUGUGUGCUGAUGUGUAUGAUGACUUGUGUGCACACUUAUGACGACUCUGUUUUUAUUUUUAUUUGUUCAUAUUUGUAUAUGGCUUUGUGCACUGUAACCGAAGUGCACAAUAAUGACGAUGUCAAUGAUAAUUAGCAUUUACUACAAAGACCAUGUGGGAAAAAAAGCGAUGUUUUGUAAUGGAUAUAUCAGCAUGAGUUGUUCAUUGCUUUCUAAAAACGUUCUAAAAACAUGUUUUGCAAAGAAAAACAAAAUGUAUUGUUUAAUUUGAUAACAGUCAGUGAGGAACAAAUAAUGAUACAACUGACUUUUGGUGAUGACUUGCUUUGUUUUUUACUUAUAUUUUUUUUAUUGUUUUUAUUUUUAAAUAAUGAUAUGUUUAACAAAUUAACAACUAUUGACUUGUGUGUACCAAAUGAUGAUGUAGUACAAAGACCAUGUGAUGAGAUUGUGUUUUACUUUUAUUAUUACUUACUCCACUAUUUGCAUUUGUAUAUUUUCAUUUCUCAACAGUUUUUUGCAAAAUGUAAACUUUGAUGUUUGCUUGGAGAGUACAUAAGCCAGCAUUAGUUGGAAUGUAUGCAUGUUAACACUGUGUCAUCCUUUCACACGUUGUUAAUGAUUAACGAUUAUGAUUUUCAUCCUUUCAGACAGAUGAUGAUGUGUUGAACACGUAUCAAAGAAGUUAAACGUGUUCUUAUUGUUUUAUUUUUCAUUUUUGAUGACGGCUGUGUCCACAAUGACUUGUGCUAAAGAUAAAGAUGCUGAUGUUGUUGAUGAUGAUGUUGAAGCACAAAGGCCAUGAUAAUAUUUCAUCACUAUUUUUACUGUUUUCCUUCUAAUAGGUACAUGCAACAUGUUUAUCUUCUGAUAUGUAUUUGAUAACAGUCAGUGAAGAAUUUAAGAAAUGUAUAUGUUGAUGUAACUGACUUUGUUGUUCAUGACUAAAUGGUCUAAACAAGCCAACAGCAGAGAAAUAGUGAGAAGUUGAAAAAGUUGAAAGCUAUGUCAUAUUUGUUAACAUUUUCUGUAGUUUUUUGUUCGAUUUUUGUUGAUUGUAAAUGUUUAUUUCUUUUUCCUUUUUUUCAAGUAAACAAAAAGUUAUGUGCAUGUUAUAAUGAAUAUUGAUACUGAUGAUUUAUGUUCAAAGAUCAUGUGAAAAAAAUGUUUUGAAAUAAACUUUUAAAAAUGCUUUAA